UUCCGCGACGCACGUCACCACGUCCUCUCGGUGACACUUAGCUCCGUAACGCGAUACCAUAGACGAUACCACGCGCUUUUGUUCUCUACCAUAAUCAGUGCAAUUUAAACCCCAUAUCUCGAUCAUAUUGUGUUUAACGAUCGUUGCAAUUCUCAGUUUUGGUGAAAACAAACAUCGCAAAGUGAUACUCGCGCAGGCGCGAGGCAGACAUGAUGAAAGCGGCCAUCUUGCUCGAAGACGCACUUUCGCCUCGCCCAACAAGAAUAUAAUCCAUUUUCUUCGUAUUUUACGAGGACAGGGAGAGAUGCGAUGCAGACUAGAUCGAAGGAUGUGCGCCCUCUGAGACCGCAGCGCGUCGCGCUAUCGAUCCGGCGGAGCGCGAUGGCGCUCGCGAAGUGAAUGCGGAUUUCAGUAUCGCGCCGUCUAAUUCGUGCGGGAACAGAGUAUCGGUCUCGUGACAGUGCCGAAGAGUGCGUAAGGCAUGUAAGUCAGCGUGCGUACGGGCGUAGGGCGCGCGGGCGGCGGCGGGCCCGGUUGACCGCGCGCCAUGGGCGAAGAGUACGCGCGUUCCCCGUGCGAACGCUUCCCAACGGUGGGCGCGUUCAGCGUGGCGCCGCCGGAACGCCUAAGCCCGCCGCCGCCCGCGCCGCUGCCGGACCGGUUCUCGGCGUCGCCGCGGCGGGUGCGCCGGAGUGUAGAAGCGGAGAGGGCCCGCAGGCCCCGCUACGUGCCCCCAGCGGCGCACGUGCCCGUGGAGCGAUAUGUGCCGCGACCACCGGCGCCGGUGCGGCCUCCGCCGCCCGUGUACUGCGGCUUGGCGUGUCGACCUCCGCCGACGGCUCGGAAGUGCUGCGGGCCAGCGUGUCGCGAAGACAUUGGUGGCUCGCCGCCGCCGACUCGCUAUGUGGACUACGUGGGCGCUGCGGCCGCGAGACGUCUGGCCUGCACGCCUCCGCCGCCACCUCCACCUGCUCUACAACUCUGCGACCCACAAGAACCUCCGUGCUGCGUUCAGGCUCGCAGGAGGAACCAACAAGCACAUGACUGGCGAUCUAGCGCGGGUCUGCUUGCACCGCAGUUGGCGUGCCAAAGUUCACCAGGCCCCGCGGCAUCAGCACCACCCCUCCCGCCCGCGUCGCCCCCGCGCAUCGUCUCCGCGCCCCCCGCACCGCACCCGCCCCCAGAGCCCAUACCUCAACCAGCGCAAGAAGAUGGCGUCAGAUUAAGGCGCGUACACACAGUGGCAGUCAGGGAUUAUCUCAAGAGAGAAACGCAAACUUUCUUCGGCGUACAAAAAGACAAUGAAAGGGAACAAAGGAGGCUCUGGCACGAGAGGCGGAGACGGCACGCGGCGAGGGCGCUCGGCGAUCUUAGGAUCGACUUACCUCCGGAUUACCAUCCCGAUGAUGAUGAUAUUAGUAUGUACGGAGCAUCAGGCGCGGCCCCCAGGGAGGCCCGGGGGCGAAGCCGCGAGCGGCCCGACGUGCUGCCCGCGCCCGCGCCGCUUGAGCCUGCCCCGCCCUUGCCCGCGCAACCGGGCAAGGACAGCGUCGCCAGGCUCACUCUUACCGGACUGUCUUAUGUUGUUACUGCGGUGACGCGUAGAUCACGUCAAUCCACAUCAGCGCAGUGGUCGCGAUCAUUCCGCGCGAGCGCAAGCAGUCCGCACGAUGAAGUUGACGUGGACGACGUAUUCUUCGCGCCAACCUCACUCAUCUCACCUCUCAAUCAGCACCAUGAAGAUAUGGACGUUACGGAUGGACCGAAAGGUGGCCGGUCGCCACUCGGUUCUGGUGUGGAGUACAGACGGCCGGAGCGGAGCGUGUCCUGGGGCGCCGGGGGGGUCCGCAUCCACACCCCGAUGUUGGAACCGCUCGCAGAUAACUCUAAUAGGCGGCAAUUCGGCAUGGGCGUCGUUGGAAGAUUCUUCCGACGAUCCUUACGCAAAUCAAUGACACACGAAGGUGACGUGGCUCGGCAGUUAGACGAGCUCACAGACUACAGGCCUUACUUUACGUGGUGGGUCAGCACCGUGCAGACCCUGGUGCUGCUGCUAGCUUUACUGUGCUAUGGCUUCGGACCAGUUGGGUUUGGACGGCAUACGCACACGGGACAAGUCAUGUUGAAGAGUCUUAGUUUACAACAGGUUGAAUGGGAAGAACCUGCUUCAUUUUGGUUGGGACCUCGGGCGGCGGAUCUCAUACAUUUAGGGGCUAAGUUCGCGCCGUGCAUGCGACGCGACGCGAGGAUAGCGCGGGCGAUAGCGGCGUCCGCGAGGCGGGAGCGGGACACAGCGUGCUGUAUACGGAACGAUGAUUCUGGGUGUGUGCAGUCGUCGAAGGCGGACUGUUCGAUAAGAGGAUUAGUACCGAAGAAUACAAUAUCAACGUGGAAGAAAUGGUCAUCAGGGGACUCGGGGCCCGGAGGACGAAUAUCGGGCUCAGUUUGUGGUUUAGACCCAAAGUUCUGCGAAGCACCUCGCUCAAUAGCGCCUCACGAGUGGCCAGACGACAUCACCAAGUGGCCGAUCUGCCGCAAGUCGGCGCUGGACGGCGCGGCGGCGGCGGGGCGCGCGGGCCACGCGGCCGAGCACAUGGCGUGCGAGGUCAUCGCGCACCCCUGCUGCAUCGGCGUGCACGGCCAGUGCGUCAUCACCACCAGCGAGCACUGCUCCUUCGUGAAGGGAUACUUUCACGAGGAGGCGUCGCUGUGCUCACAGGUCUCUUGUCUGGACGACGUUUGCGGAAUGUUACCGUUUAUGCGGAGACGACGUCCAGACCAGUUGUACCGCGCGUGGACAUCACUGUUCGUGCACGCGGGCCUCCUGCACCUGGCGGCCACGCUUGCACUGCAGUGGCUGUUCAUGCGCGACCUGGAGAAGAUGGCGGGUCCAGUCCGACUGGCUGUUAUAUAUCUGGGCAGUGGGGUCGCGGGCAACAUGGCGUCAGCUAUCUUCGAACCGUAUAGGGCUGAGGUGGGUCCAGCAGGAGCUCACUUCGGCCUUCUAGCAUGUUUAAUAGUAGAAGUGAUCGGGGCGUGGCCACUUCUGAGGCACCCGAAGCGGGCGCUGAUGAAGCUGAUCGGCUUAGUGUUCGCGCUGUUCCUCGUCGGACUGCUACCGUGGAUAGACAAUUUCGCCCACGUGUUUGGUUUCGUGUUCGGAUUUCUAUUAUCGUACGCGCUGCUGCCGUUCGUGACGUUCGGGCCGUACGAGCGGCGGCGCAAGAUCGUGCUAGUGUGGGUGUGUCUAGUGUCGGCGGGGGGCAUGCUGUGCGCGCUGAUCGCGUUGUUCUACGCGGCGCCGGCGUACGAGUGCGCGGCGUGCGCGUACUUCACGUGCCUGCCGUUCGCGCCGGACAUGUGCGCGUCGCAGGACGUGCGCGUGCGGCAGCUGGACGGCGUAUGACGGCGCGCGGCCCGGGCGCCCCCGCCGCCGCCGCCCCCCGCCCCGC